AUCCAUCAACCCCCAAACCUUCACCACCUCGGUCCUCAGCCUAAGUACUCCGGCAAUCUCUAGGGAACGAGAAAGCUUAGUGAAUACUACUCGCUCAUUGCUGUCGCUAAGUCCUUAGUCAAGGUAGAUUAAGAUACGCCGGCUCGUUUUAUAUCGUUCCCCUCACUAGUGUUUCAAGGCUAGGCUUGACUGCAGUUCCAGUAAAGUUAUACCUGGAUACGUGAUUUGAAGGAUUCACUUCCACUAGUGAGUUCGCCUAGACUUGACGAGCUCAUUCGACUUGGGAGUCUCGGCCGGAGUUUUCCAUCGUGACGCUGCUUGUGGUUACACGUGGUGAUGGCGACGCUUCAAAAUCAUCCGACUCCGCUUGACGAGUACAACAAGGAGAUGGGAGAGCUGAAGACGCUCGUAACGAAGGCGUUAGAGAAAAAGGGUGUCUUGGCUCGGCUCAAGGCGGAGCUGCGAGCGAGCAUCUUCGAGGUGAUCGACGACAAGGACAAGACGGCGACUGGCGACGAGCAGCGCGCCGUGCGAGGCGGAUGCAGCGAGCAGGCCAAGAACCUGCACGACUCUAAGACGGGUCACCUGCUCACGGCGCUACUGUGCGAAUACCUGGAGUGGGGGGAGAUGGACCACACGCUCAAAGUGUACCUCUCGGAGUGUAACCUGCCUCCAGUCUAUCCCCGCAGACCGAAGCUAGAGGACGAGCUCGGCCUGCCGUCGUCCAAUGCCAUCAUGACACCUGGCGGCGCCACAAGGCCGCUCCUGCACGAGCUGAUCGACGCCUACUUCACGCUCAAGGCGCAGGUCAAGUCAGGCGCCACAGGCACAUCAUCAUCAGGGGGAGGUCUGCUGUCGCGCGCCACUGCUCGCAGCUCCAGCCCCUCAGCCGGCCAGAGGUCCCCCAGGAGCACCUCCCCGCUCACCCGUGGCUUCAGCAGUGCGUUCGGCCGCAGCAGCAGCGGCGGGGGCGAACGCGAGCGGUCGUCAUCAGGCAGCCGGCGCAGCAGCAGCGGGGGCCGGGCAGCGGUGCCAGAGCCUGCUUCGAGAGGGGAGAGCGACACAGAGAGAGGCGGUGGGGGCGCGUUCUCGAAGCUCCCUAUCUCUUUGUUACGCGACAUUCCGUCGUCUAGGGAUAGAUAUUAGCUUUUGGGGGAUGGGAACCUGGGUUAGGGUGGCUCGUGUGCUUUUGAAGGCACUAAAAUGGGUCAGGGUUGUCGAUAUGGCAGAGGGCUUUCCGUUACGGAUGGUGUAGGAACGAUGCGGCUUUUAUAUGCAGACUCAGCAGUCGUUGGCUUGGAGCACGUGGGCCAGGAGCAGCAGUCAGGGUGGGGAAGUAGUGUCAGGUCUUGCAGGGGGUAGAAAAAAAGCUGGGUCCUCCUAACGUAAGGUGCUGCAAGAGUGGUCCUGUGGAGUAGAGGCUCAGCAAGAUGAGCCUGUUGCAAGAAAGAAAGGAUCUCUAAAAUAAGUUUUACUGUUUAUACUGAAGCUCUCUUCAUAUUGAAGGCUUCACUUAGCAGGGGUAGCAUGUACA